AAAAAUUUUCUCGGCGCACUUUCGCGCGACUCUUUCUCGCUCGCUCUCGAGAAGAAUCCCAAUAAAUGCUCACGCCUCCGAUGGAAACUUGGAAUUCCAGUGAUCGCACGACCUCGAAGAAGACGACGACGACGGCGAGCGAUGGCGGAAGCGGCGGCUGCGGCUCGGGCUCGAGGCCCUCCCCGUCUCCCUCCUCGUCCACGACAUCCUUCUGAAGCUGGAUUUGGAGUCCCUCUCAGCCGCCGCAUGCGUCUCCAAAACCCUACGCUUCGCCGCCGUUCUCGCCCUCUCCUCUCUCCCCUCUCUCCACCUCGCGGACUUUUCGCCGGACGAUCGAACUCUAGAUCGCAUCUUCUCUGCGUGCGGAGGCGUCACAAGCCUCACGGUCAACUGCCUCCGAAUGAAUUAUCGCACGCUCGAAGGCUUCCUCGGCCCGCAUAUUCGCGAGCUGAACUUGUUAUGCUGCUCGGCAAUGCCGCCGAGCGCUCUUGGCUCAAUCGGCCGGAAAUGCCCCAACUUGAUGGUGCUGGUGCUGGAGUGGGCAGAGCGUGGCUCAUAUGAUGAAUUCACUGGAAAUUUUCAUCAAAUGUUAAGCUGUUGUGCAUACUUGGAGUCUCUUUGUCUAAAGAUUCGAGGUGUAGAAGGCCCUGAGUAUGCCUUUUCCUCUGGAAUCUGGCCCAAAAGUAUCAAGGUCCUGAAGCUGCAGCCAGCGCUUGAAGAUGAUGUAAUCAGUCUGGUGAAGGAAAUAGCAAGAAAUGAGAACUGGCCUGAGGUCAUUAAGUUUCCCUCUCUGCCAUCUACUUGCUUGCUUCAAAGCUUAUCGCUUCAUGUGAGGACCAUAUCAGACAAGCUUGUCACCACGAUUGCUGAGUCCAUGCCUUGUUUGUUGGAGUUGGAGCUUGAAGAUAGGCCAUGGAAAGACCCACUACCACAUGGUGAUUUGACCAAUGUCGGGAUUCAGUCUUUGGGCUCUUGCGAUCAAUUGAAAAGCCUUUCUCUUUCACGAAAUAGACAAAAUUGCCAGACAUCUUUUAAAAGAGUCAAUGACAUGGGCAUUUUCCUACUCUCUGAGGGCUGCAAGGGCCUAGAAUCAGUACAGUUCUCUGGCUUUUCAAAAGUCAGUGAUGCUGGUUUUGCAUCACUUCUUCAUUCUUGCAAGAACUUGAAGAACUUUGAGGUGCGCAACUCCCAGUCUUUGUCUGAUUUGGCUUUCCAUGAUCUGGCUGAGGCCCCGUGUUCUUUGACCGAACUGAGAAUUCUAUCGUGCAAUCUCAUAACCAGCGAGACAGUUAAGAAGUUGGCAUUCUCCAGUAAAUUGGAGGUUCUUGAUCUCUCGGGCUGCCGGAGCAUAGCAGAUUCAAGCUUUUAUUCCAUAUCAUCUCUUAAAAUGCUGAGCACGUUGGAUCUAGCUGGAGCAGAUAUAACAGAUAGUGGCAUGUCGAAACUUGGUCAAGGGAGUGCGCCUAUUCAGCGUUUGUCCCUUAGAGGCUGUAGGAGGGUAACAGAUAAAGGGAUUUCUCAAUUGGUGCUAAGUGGAGGGAUCGUUAGCAAAACAUUAUCCAGCUUAGAUUUGGGUUACAUGCCAUAUGUGUCAGACAAAGCGGCACAUGCUAUUGCCACUGGUGGCAUAGCCAUCACGGAACUGUGCAUCAGGUCUUGUUUCAAAGUCACCGACUCCUCGAUGGAAGCUUUGGCAAGGAAGGGAAGUCUUGAAAAUGGAAGUCGACCGAUUAGGAGGCUUGAUCUUGUCGGCUGCAUCAGUUUGUCUGUUCAGUCGCUCCAGAUGCUGAAAAAGCCUUUGUUUCGCGGGCUACGUUGGGUCGGCAUUGGCCGCACUUGUCUGGUGGAUAAAGGAGGGAGUGUCUUAUCUGAAAUUUACGAGGAACGGCCAUGGUUGACCGUCUGUAGUGGCGGUUGCGAAAUGGGAUGUCGAGAUGGGUGGGAGUAUCAUGGAGGAUCUUAGAGUGGAGUUUGGCAUGAUUUGUUGGAUGUCUCUUUGGUUUCAAGAUUUGUCCAUAGUAUCCAUUAUGAAGCUACCUUCCAACUUAUAUUUCGAUUUACCAAUAUUUAUUUUCUUCAUCA